GGCCAUUGCGGUAGCGGUGCGUGUCCGGCCUUGCCCGCUCCCUCUUUCCUUCCUUCCCUCCCUUCCUUCUUCCCCCGAGCGAAGCAUGGCGACGGACUCCUGGGCGCUGGCGGUGGACGAGCAGGAAGCGGCCGCGGAGUCGUUGAGUAAUCUCCAUCUGAAGGAGGAGAAACCCAAACCAGAGUCCAAUGGUGCAGUUGUUAAGACAGAUGAUAAUGUGGAGAAGACAGAAGAAGAGGAAAAAGAGGACAGAGCAGCCCAGUCGCUGUUGAACAAGCUGAUCCGUAGCAACUUGGUGGACAACACAAACCAAGUGGAGGUACUGCAGAGGGACCCCACGUCGCCCCUCUACUCUGUGAAGUCUUUUGAGGAGCUGCGGCUGAAGCCACAACUGCUACAGGGUGUCUAUGCUAUGGGUUUCAACAGACCGUCAAAGAUCCAAGAGAACGCGUUGCCUAUGAUGCUUGCAGAACCUCCACAGAACCUGAUUGCACAGUCUCAGUCUGGUACUGGCAAGACAGCGGCGUUUGUCUUGGCCAUGCUUAGCCGAGUAGAACCCGAGAACAGAUACCCGCAGUGUCUGUGCCUUUCCCCAACGUACGAGCUGGCUCUCCAGACAGGAAAGGUGAUCGAACAGAUGGGCAGGUUUUAUCCGGAGCUGAAUCUUGCCUACGCGGUUCGGGGCAAUAAAUUGGAGCGAGGUCAGAAGAUCUCUGAGCAGAUUGUCAUUGGCACCCCUGGCACUGUCCUGGACUGGUGCUCCAAGCUGAAAUUCAUCGAUCCCAAGAAGAUCAAAGUCUUUGUCUUGGAUGAGGCGGAUGUCAUGAUAGCCACCCAAGGACACCAAGAUCAGAGCAUCCGUAUUCAGAGGAUGCUGCCCAGAGACUGCCAAAUGCUUCUCUUCUCGGCUACCUUUGAAGACUCCGUGUGGAAAUUUGCAGAGAAGGUUGUUCCUGACCCAAACAUCAUCAAGCUGAAGCGUGAGGAAGAGACGUUGGACACCAUCAAACAAUACUAUGUUCUGUGCAACAGCCGUGAGGAGAAGUUCCAAGCCCUUUGUAACAUUUAUGGCGCCAUCACGAUCGCGCAAGCUAUGAUCUUCUGUCAUACUCGCAAAACGGCUGGCUGGCUGGCAGGCGAGCUUUCCAAGGAGGGCCAUCAAGUGGCCCUCUUGAGCGGUGAGAUGAUGGUGGAGCAACGAGCUGCGGUGAUCGAUCGUUUCCGAGAGGGCAAAGAGAAAGUCCUGGUGACCACGAACGUCUGUGCCCGAGGGAUCGAUGUGGAGCAGGUCUCUGUCGUCAUCAAUUUUGACCUCCCGGUGGACAAAGAUGGGAAUCCAGACAAAGAGACAUAUCUUCACCGCAUCGGGCGCACGGGGCGCUUCGGCAAGCGAGGGCUGGCCAUCAAUAUGGUGGACAGCAAACACAGCAUGAACAUCCUCAACAGAAUCCAGGAACAUUUCAACAAGAAGAUCCAUAAACUGGACACUGAUGACUUGGAUGAAAUAGAGAAAAUAGCUAACUGAAGUGCGGCUUGCCAGAAUUGGCCUGCGCCCUCCCAUGGUAGCUCUCCCACUACAAUUGGAUCAGCAUUCUGAUUGGCGCAAACCUUUAGCCAGUCGCACGCAAAAGGACGUUUUUAAAGAUAACAAACAUACAGAAAUUACCUCAUCUUUAAAAAAAAAUGUGGCUGGACUUUGAUUUUUAAAAAAUGUGCAACUCUGGGGAAAGAAGAAAUGUUUACAGAAACUUUUUUUCUUUUAGUUUAGCCUUAAAAUGGGAAGCUCUUAAAUUCUAAAGAUGUACUGAUGCCAAAAACGUAGCCAAUUAAUGCACAGGAGAAUGCACCUCUGCAUUAACUCGGUCGAUGGGGAGAAACUUUUUAAAAACACACCCAAGCAGUAUAUUAAAGGUUCAAGACACCAAGAGUAUGAAAAAAAGAGAGAGCUCAGAGUCUGGCUAAAAUUUAAAGUCUUAAUGAAAUGGCGUUUGCAUUUUGAGCUCUAGUUUCUAGACUUCUGUCCUCUUUUUUUUCCUUGGGUAAAUGAUCCCAAAGGAUUGCUUUUUGCUGGUGAGCACGAUCAACUGAUUUUUUUUAUCAAACUCGCUUUCCCUGAAAGGACAGGUUAUAAUCUUGUGGAGUCCCUUGGUUACCUUGUAGAACUACAGUUCCCAGAGUUCUUUGAGGGAAAGCCGUAGCAUUUCAAAAGUUCAGUAACAGCAGGGUACCUAUAAAAACAGAUUUUAAAAUGGAGUCAUGAUGGAAAGUGGAUGUGUAGUGAAAUGGACAUUUAGAGAAGGGUAUAUAUUAACUUUGCUGUACCAGAUAGGCAAUUUGUAAAAGAAGGGCUGGAUCAACCAGGAAAAGAGGUGGAAAGCUGUAGCCAAUGUCUGGACUUGUUGGUCAAGAAACCAUCGGGCAUUGCUGGGAAAUCAACACUUGGUGAUGCAGGGUGUGUAUUGGAAGAAAUGGGGAAAGGGGUUUGGAUGAUUCAGUCUCUCUCAACAGAUCUGGUUCAUGCAACUUCCAGCUUUGGGGCUGGAGGAUGCUACAGCUUAGUGCUGUAGCAUCCUUUUUAGCCUGCUGUUUUGAUAGCCCAGCAGAAAUCCCCCCCUUCUAAAGAUAAUGAAUCAAACACACCUAUUCCCUCAAUUGUUGAAACGCAACAAAGAGACCCUGCAGAUCCUAGCAUAAGGCUGAAACCGAGGGAGCCAACAGAGGAAUAGGAGGCAAUCCAUGGAGUAGAUAAACUGGCAUGUUAAUAACUUAGUUCUUUCCAAAGUUUGUCUCUGAGCGUGUUUUCCUUGAAGGGGAUAGAGAUUUGAUUUCAGUUUCAGGAGAAAGUGCCUAUUUUUAGCAAUGUUCCCAUCUAAGCAGCUCCAGAGGUUGGAGCAGGAUCCAUCAAGCACUGCUGUUGGGAGGCCCAUGAACGGUGAUCAGUGGAGAUCUGUCAGGAAACAGUUUGAUGGAGCACCCUUGGUGUUUCUUAUAGGCAAAUGUUAUCAAACGGGUGGGGAAAUGGAUUUAUUUGAGAGAAAUCAUGGUGGAAAUGGGGCUGACCAAAAAUAUCCUCUGGUGGGUCAUGCUGCACUUGUUUGAGUCUUCCGGUUCUUUUGUUAGCAAUCUUGAGAUGCACAGCAAGGGUUUGGAUAACACCCCCCCCCCCCGAUUUUUCUGAGCAAAUUAGAGUAUUUUUCUCACUAGCGAUGAAGAAUUGGAGCAGGGAAAUAGCCCCCUGCUCUGGGCACAAGUCCCUUCCAAACGGAGACAAAUAUUGACGUUUCCCCUUCCCUUUGACAAUUUUGGCUGCUAAUUGUUCUGUCCAAAGACAGAAUUGUGGAUUCUUUUACCAAGUAAAACGAAAUAAAAAAAAACAAUCCCACGAACACACACAAAGCUUAUUUUAAAAAUGUAAUUUAAAACUUUAGGAAAUUUGUGGCAACCUUUUAUCAACUUGUGUAAAAUGGCUUAUGGGGUGGUGAAGCAAGUUUGUAAAAACAAAUCCACAAAUUUUGUAUUCUGAGGUGUAUCUAUUUUUAUUCUGCUGGAAAUCUCUCUAAAGUGGCAGGUGAGUGUGUGCUUGUGUGGCGAGUAGCAGAAGGCCUUCAACCCACUUUCUUUAGUACUGCUGAGAGACAAUGUGAGAGCGGCGUGUCGGCUUUGAAAUGGUCCCAUGGACGCUGCUGGGCCAGUGUACUCUUUCUAAUGUACUUUUCAAUUGGAAUAAAGAAUACAGAAAUACCA